UGUUGAUUUCAGUUCGUAAAUUGUGUCUAUGGUUGACGGUUCAGAAAGCACUUAUUAACAUGAAAAAUAUUAAAUCUUCUCCAAAUUUUAUUUUCGUUAUAUUAUUUUAUUUAAAUAUUUUGGAUCAAAGCAAUAUGGAAGUGAUUCCAAAUGGUCUUUGUGAAUCAGAUGACAUGGAAGGCUUGAUACGAUGGUACAGUGAUGUUUAUAAAUUUGUAAAAUCAAAUAAAGACUUGAAUAAACGUUUAAAUGAAUUAGAGAGUGAAAUGAAAGUUCUUAACCGAAAACUUGAGGAGCAAAACGAAAUUGUCAUUCAACGACGCAUGGAUGGCUCUGAAAAUUUCUAUCGCAAUUGGGAAGAUUACAAACAUGGUUUUGGCAAUCGAAACGGAGAAUUUUUCAUUGGUCUACAACGCCUACAUAAACUCACCAAUAGUCGACCCUACGAGUUGCUGGUGGUGUUGGAGGACUUUGAUGACGAUCGUCGUUAUGCCAAAUACGAUAAUUUUGUGAUAGCCAGUGAAAAGGAAAACUAUAAACUUCAAAGUUUAGGUCAAUACAAUGGCACAGCUGGUGAUUCAUUGACCUAUCAUUUGGGCUAUAACUUCACUACAAAAGAUCGAGACAAUGAUAUAGACAAUAAUAAUUGCGCCCAAAUAUUUACUGGUGCUUGGUGGUAUAAAAACUGUCAUGCCAGUAAUCUAAAUGGCAGCUACUUAAGAGGCACAACCACAGCCUAUGCCAAAGGAGUUGUUUGGAAUUCCUACCGGGGUCAUUAUUAUUCAUUGAAAUUUGUUGAGAUGUCCAUACGUCCUAAAUGAAAUGGUGUUUAUUUAUAAAAUUUCUAAUUUAAUGUAAAACUACUACAUAUUAAGUUUGUUGCUUCUCUUAUAAGUCAUCGAAUAAGUCAUUUAAGACUCUUUAACAAUUUGAACUUGCUGAUCCACACUGCGUUACUGAGCCAUAGUUUCUACAGUCAAUAUAAAAACUUCCGGUUUCCAUGGUUUAGAAU